AUGCCUCCAAUGCUCAUGACUUGCGAUUUCCAAUACCCGACGUGCGGCGCCUGUGCUGCUGCUAGAGUGACGUGCUUGGGGUUCGAUUCGAUUCGUGGUUCCGACAAACCGCGGAGCGUGGUCCGUCAUCUGGAGGCACAAGUUGCCCAACUCGAGAUCGACCUCGCUGCGAUCAAGACCCAAGCACAACCCGAUGGCGUGGAUACGAUAACACAGCGCGUCGCAAUGGCGAUUGCGGAGCCGACUGGCCGGACGCGCAAGCAAGAGCCACUCCUUCCCCUGACAUCAACAUAUUUCCUCUCUGAUGCACCUCUACCUCAAUUCAACCAUCAAGCUUGGGACGAGUCAGAGAAUGUCGAAUCGACGGAUCAGUCGUGGCGGCCUAUGGCCAUCUCUUCCAUCCCUGUCCAUGUCAUUGACGCCAUGCUGAAACACUACUGUCAGACAUAUCUUCCUCAAUAUCCGUCGAUUGCCGAAGCAGAUCUGUACCGAGCCAGGGAUAGGGUGUAUGAGAGUCCAGAACUCAGUGGCUAUGACGCCUUCGUCAUAUGCAUCACUCUGGCCAUCAGCUCCAACACUCUGAGCUACAUUGACGAGAAACGUGCGGCGUCAACCACAUACGGUCUCUGGGCUACCGCCGUGGUUCACCUGGAGCAGGUUGGACUGACUGCCUCGUGGGAACGUCUCCAAGCGCUGCAGCUUCUCACGCAUUACGGCUUUUUGAAUCCUCAACAUGUGAACGUCAGCCACUGCGCCUCAGCCGCGAGCAGAAUGGCAUUUCAAUUCGGCUUGCAUGAAGAAUUGCCAACCCCUCGACAGAUGAAACUGAGUUCAGCAGUCUUGAAUACGCGACGAAGGAUGUUCUGGAAUGCAUAUGGCAUAGAUGCGGCUGCUCACGUCGUUCGGAGUCUGCCAUACCAAUGGAAAAGGUCCGAGAUCACAGCAAAGUUCCCGGAGUCGGAGUCGCUGGCAACACCAACACACUCUGCUCAUAUAUGGUCGCUGAGAGAGAUAGAGUGUGAUAUCACUUUCGGUUUGUACCAUUCCGACUUGCCGCUUACAGCUUUCACUGGCCCUGGUUCGUUUGAGGCAUGGCUUGCGCAAAUGCAAGCCCAGCUCGAUGCUUGGUACCAAAAAGUCCGCCAGAGUGUCAAUCUGACGGAAAAAAUUGAGUUCCACGAAGUAUUGUUUCAACUUCAGGUCUUGAGAUUGAACCGACCCUCUCCACGUUGCCCUGCGCCGACCAAGGAGAUGCAUAAGAGAGCUCUGAAAGCGUCGAUAACUUUGAUCAAAGAAUACAGCGUGCUUGAUCGAUUAGGAAAGAUGUUCAUGCUAUGGCACGCCACUUUCUGUGUCAUAGAGGCUGGGCUGUACCUGCUCUCGUCUAUCCUGAUCAGUCUUGAAACUCCCACUCCGGAUCGUCAACACCUGGAAGGAGAGGAUGUUAGCAUCCUGACCAGAUACGUCAAGACUUUUCCGGUGCUCUUCUGGAAAAUAUCUCGUCGAUGGCCAUCCGUUUUGCCACACGCGUCCACCCUCGACAAUCUCUCCACCUCGGUCUUGGAGGUAUUGCAACGGUGGUCAGAUGGGCAGGACCCGUCAAGGACUGAGACGCUCUCUUUGAGAGAAAAAAUUGAUCACAUGACCAGGUUUCCUUUGACACCAUCGCCAAAUCAUACGGCUGCAACUCAUGCUGUACAGCCUGAGGUGCUCUUACAGUACCAGCCGUCGAAUACAUCCUCACAACUGCUGGGAGAAUCUAAUCCGAUCUUGCAGACUUCGACUAUUCAACUCUCUACUGAGCCCGAGGCUCCUCCUAACACGUCCGCGUGGUUAGGCAAUCGAUCGAGCCUAGAUCCCAGUCUUCCCAUCUUCCCAGAAACCUACCCGUUCAGCUACACCGAUCCAAUGGUAUGGGACUUCUCUGGACUUGAUUCGGAGGAGAUCUUUGCUGCAUUACUUGAGGAAGCUUAA